GAUACAUCUUGUCUUCCUACCUGCCACACACAAGUCAGUCAUUCUCUCGUUAUCUGUUUCCAACUUUAGUCACUCUCUUACCAUCAACCAGUUACAUUCUUGUACAACCCUCACCAUGAAGGCCUCUCUCAUCACUGCCCUCGCGGCCAUGACCGCCUCAGUCGCAGCUGCUCCUGCUAAGACCGAGACCUGGUCCACUGAGUUCGACCUCGGAACCGUUACUGCUACUGCUACUGCUACUGCUACCACGUCUACCUCCACCCUCGCUCCUUCUGCGACCUCUUCUAUUGUCGAGGCCCUUAACAACAAGGCUGAUGGUGGGCUGGGUCAGGGAAGUGGACACAUCGUCCAGGAUGCCGGCCACGAGCUUGAUGGUAUCUUGACCAUCACUGGCCCUAACGCCCAGAAGCUCCUGAUCAAGCUCGCCCCUGAGGUUGCAGGCCUUCUCUCCUCCCUUGGUCUCCCUCCUCUUGGAACUGCUGUCGGUUCCGUCGUCGCCAGCGCCAGCUCCAUUGGUGAGCUUGUUACCGGCCUCGGCCCCAACGUUGACGGUCUGUUGACCGCUGUUGGUGCGGGCGGUGACUACCUUCUCAUCCAACUCUCCCCUGUUGUCGCUGGUCUUCUUUCUGGCCUCGGUCUUCCCGGUGUCGGUGUUCCCGUUGGCACUGCUCUUGUGACCGUUGGCAACAACUUGAAGCGUGACAUUCUUGGAGACAUCAUCCCCAACAUCAGGAACCUCGUUGAGGUUGAGGGUGACAAUGCUGAGCGUCUCCUCAUUCAGCUGAGCCCUUCCGUUACUGCUCUCGUCACUGGCCUCGGUCUUCCUACUGUUGGUGCCCCUCUCGGCAAGGUUAUUGACGAUGCCGCGGACGUCGGCAAGCUGGUCAACCACGUUGGUGCCCCCGUUGAGGAGCUUCUCACCGUUGUCCGUAAGGAUGGCAAGGCCCUCCUCAUCCGCCUCUCUCCUGACGUUGCUGCCACCGUUGCCGGUCUCGGCCUCACUGGUGUCGGUGCUUCCGUCGGUUCCGUCGUUGCCACCCUCGGCAACGAGCUUUAAAGGAGCUGUAAGUAAAGGUCAAGAAGGAGCUUGCGACAAUUUGCUAACGCUUAUAUUGUUCGUUCAGCACCCAAUACCUCUUCUUAAACGCCAAUUAUUAUUUUUGCCGAAUUCAAGGUUUUUAGCGGUGGCGGGUUAACGACGCAUAUUAAACCGUUUCUGUGACUUGGAGUGCCGUACAUGGCUGUUUCUUCUUGUGGAUAGAUUAGGGACAUAGCCCUUUUAAUUAAAAUGAUGACUUGACUUGUAAACCUAUUCUUAAACCUCUUGAGUCUAGGCCCUUCAACCAGUCUAAGUGGAAACCAUUAAUCUACCUUCACGACGCAGGCAAUAGUAGAAAUUUCCCCAAUCAAGUUUUGGUGUGGGCAAUUAUCACCCACCUUGUCCCAGUCGAUGAGCGCGAUAAUUCCCGUAGUUGCUAAG